CACGUCAUCAAGUUGCGACGUCCAGACAUGGCGUUCGUUUCUGUUUGCUAAAUAUUAGCUACAUGUAAAUACACUAAAUUCUGAAAUUUUAAACACAUUUAGAUAUUGUUCUAUCAUCGGAGGCUGUGUUGGUAAUUCAUUUGGUGUGUCACAUUUGUGCAGUAUGAGCGGGGGAUUGGCACCAAGCAAAAGCACUGUGUAUGUGUCGAACCUACCAUUCUCCCUGACCAACAAUGACCUACACAAGCUAUUCACCAAAUAUGGAAAAGUUGUAAAGGUUACAAUCGUUAAGGAUAAAGAGACUCGCCAGAGUAAAGGAGUGGCGUUUGUUCUCUUCCUGGACAGAGAGUCAGCUCAUAACUGUGCAAGAGCAGUGAACAACAAACAGUUGUUUGGCAGAACAGUGAAAGCGAGCAUUGCCAUAGACAAUGGGCGAGCAACUGAGUUUAUAAGGAGACGGAAUUACACAGACAAGACUAAAUGUUACGAAUGUGGGGAUACAGGUCACCUGAGCUACGCAUGCCCCAAAAACAUUCUGGGAGAGAGGGAACCUCCGAAGAAAAAAGAAAAGAAAAAGAAGAAAAAGGCCCAGCAACCUGAGCAUGUUGAAGAAGAAGAAGAAAGUGAGGAAGAGGGAGAGGACCCAACCUUAGAUAGUCUGAGCCAAGCCAUUGCUUUUCAGCAAGCCCGUAUCGAGGAAGAGGAGACACAGACGAAGCAGGCACUUUUGGCUCAAGAGGACGGUGCUCACGCUUCAUCAUCCUCAGACUCUAAGAAACCAAGGAUCAAAAAGAGCGCAUACUUCAGUGACGAGGAGGAGCUCAGUGAUGACUAAUAUUAUUAAUAAUAAUAAUAAAAAUAACAACAAUAAUAAUACAGUUUGGACAUAAACGUGUUUCUCAAAUAUGGCUUUAUUUUGAAAGUUGUACUGUAUAAUAUUGGGAAGUUAAAAACAUGCUUCCAUUCACGCUGUAAUGUUUCCACAGUAGGAUUUUUUUUUUUGUACAUAGAACUGAGGCUUUUUUUAUAUUUUUAGAAGCACUGUAUAAUUGUUCUUGGGUUGAUUUUUUUUGUGUGUGUGUGUGUGUGUGUGUGUAUGGUGUUUUUCUCAGUCAAUAAAGCCUUGUUUUUUAAUGACAAACCAAA